GUCUCCACCUCCUAUAAACGCCAUACCUUCAAGCCACGUCUGGUUUCAUUCUCGUUACAACGACCACUGGAAGAGGCAAGUAAACCUAAGCAAACAUGGUGAAGACCCUUAAGGAUCACCUAAUCGACACCUUUGACGAUCUGACUCAGGAUAGCGUAAAAAAAUUCACAAGAAAGUUGUGUGAUAGGAGUCAAGAACCGCGCGUCCGCCGAGGUGCCGUCGAAAAGAUUAAAGACUCGCUGGAUCUGGCAGAUGUGAUGGUGGACACGUUCACAUCGAAGGAAGCUGUUACAGUAACAAUCGAGAUUUUACAAGCUAUUGGGUGUAACCAACAAGCAGAAGAUCUGAACAAGGCCACGGGACAGGCUGGAGCCCGUGGCAGCGCCGAGGUUUCACCAGGAAGCUCUAGUGCGCCAUCUAAGGGUAAACAUUUCGUCGAUAAACAUCGAUCACAGCUGAUAAACCGAGUUACUAACAUAGAUGCCAUCCUAGAUGAACUUCUUCAGAAUGAGAUCAUCAGUCACAACGAAUAUAAUGUAAUCCGCUCUAAAAACACCUCAUCAGAGAAGAUGAGAGAUUUAUUUGCAGGCCCAAUGCUUUCUGCUGGAAAUGAAGGAAAAGAUGCUUUGUAUGAGGCUCUUAUGAUGUUACAACGUCCGUUAAUGAAAGAUCUUGGAGCUCAGUGAAAUACAAAUGAAUAUCCUGUCAGCCUGAAUAUUUUUUUAUUGAUUAGUUUUUAUUCUUGUCUUAUGAGAUACAUUACGCAAACAAGUAACUUUGAAUUUAAAUGAACAAUUGUAAACUAAAGCUGUAUAAACCUAGUAUAUAAAUAUAUGGUCUUACAAUAUAAAGGUACUAAAUUGUCAUCUUUUUAAAACAUUUUUAUAACGUAUGACAAUGGCCAUGAUCCUAACAAUAUUGUCUUAGCUUUGUAU